GCCUUCACUGAACCAGGAAAGUACUAUCAGCGAAAGCAAACAAUGUUCAACAUAGUAACCACGUGUAAAGUGCUCGAAACAUUCCACGAAUCAGAUCUGCACCCGUUUUAUGGCUCCGACGGGAACUACAAAUUGGUCGAGUUGACACGCAAUGAUCUGGGAAUGAGCGAAAACGAAGCGGAAGAUCUGAGCUCUUUUCUGCAUUUGUUCUAUGGGAAACCGUCACAGACAAUAGACAAGGCAUUAAGGUAG